GGAGAUUUCACAGAGCAGCUUCCAGCCUUGAAGUAAGUAAAGAAGCAGAGAACGGGAAAGGAGGAAGGAAGAACCUGAAGGAACCACAAUGAGAGCGAAUUAUCGGUUGCCUCUGGUGCCGUUGUUGCUGCUGUGGGCUGUUUGCAGCGUGGUGCAGGUGCAGGCGGAGGUCAAGGCGGUCAAGCUCUGUGGACGUGAAUUCAUCCGGGCCGUGGUCUACACCUGUGGAGGCUCCAGGUGGAGAAGGCUGCUUACACCGGAAAAUGAUGCGCUUUCCCUUGCGGAGCAGAGCAGUACCGAGGAGCUGAGUGAGAGCACAAGGUCUGAUCUGUCAACCCGAGACCUGAACCCUAUGAUGACCGCUAUAUGCUGUCAGGUGGGCUGCAGAAAGAACGACCUGUCCCUCUUGUGCUAAGGACCGGAAGCACUCUUUCUACAAGUUCACAAGCUCUACAGUAUGCGUGUGUGUAUGUGUGUUUGGUAUGUCAGAGAGAUCUUCCGGGGGUUAUUUAUGCUGUGUGUCUUAAUGUAAUAGGAGUGUUUUGAGGAUUUGUUAAAGAAAUACAUAACAGGCUUUGUGUUCAAAGUCAAUGCCAAGUGUCUAAUAGAGUGCUGAAAAAUCAUGAAGUUUGAUUGUAAUGUAUAUUUUGACAUUUUUUUGUCUAAUAAAUGUUACAGCAUAAUUGGA